AUGAAUGCGCAUUUACUUUUGAGUCAUCAUCAUCGUUGGAAUGAUCAUUACUUCUCUCCGUCCAUGCAAUUAAGCCAACAUUCUUCAUCUCUUUUUCAUCACGAUGAUCAUCAGGAUGAUGCUUCGUUUGAGGAAUUUCUCAACCAUCGGAUUUAUAGAAUCGGAAGAAGAAAAAUUAUUCAAGAUCGGUUAAGAAGGAUGAAUGAUUUUAAUAGUCCUUCGAAUGAUUUUAAUAGUUUUACACCUUCUCUUGCUUUUCAUCAAGUGUAUGGAACAAGAAUGGAAGAGAAUCAACAUCAACGAAAACAAUCAUCCAUUCCGAUUACGAUACAUAGAAAAUCUCAACAUUUAAAAGAACACGACAAUAGAGUUGAAGAAUCGGAAACUCCAUCUUCUCGGAAUCUAUCAAUCAACCAGUCCAAACCAUCAUCAAUGAAAAUAUCAAUUCAUGAUUCACCCACUCCUUCCGAAUCAGAUGAACCACAAAAUUCACCUCCAACCAAUCAACACAUGACGCUCUCUCAAUUAAUGUCUCGAAAACAUUUAAGGCUCAUCCAUGCCACGGCUAAUGGAAAUUGUUUAUUUAAUUGCAUUUCGUUGGCACUUGCUCAAAGUGAAGAGUAUCAUUCUCAAAUUCGUCAGAAAUGUGUCGAUUGGAUUGAGACUCAUUUAGAUACAUCAGUGUCACAAGAUGGAGGAAUCAAAGUGAGAGAUUUGAUAUUUUUAUCUCCAUAUCAAGAAUCUAUUGAGGAUUAUUUACAUGAAAUGAGGAAAGACAGAGAAUGGGCAGAUUAUUGUUGCUUAAAUUCUUUGGCUAAUUUACUGAAUGUACAAUUGGAUGUGUAUUAUGUGAACAUGUUGGAAGAUGGAGAUUGGGAUCAUCCCUCGUCGAUGGUGGUAAAAUCUAAAAUUAAGGUACUACCUACACAUGUCACAAGAGGAGAAUUCUCGCCAUCUCAACGACGAAAAGUUCCUCUCAAAAAGAUUCGAGUCGUCUAUCAUGAAGAGUUGAAACAUUACAAUCUCCUAGCUCCACAAUAUCACACAUCCAUGCUGUAA